GUACCCGCUUUCCAUCCAUAGUCGUCGUCGCCUCUUCUCGUCUUCGCCUCACCUGCCGCUGCGGCGAACCAGUCCAGUCGUCGUCGCCGGCGCCGCCCAAACCACAGAUCGUCGCCGAUGUUCAGGAAGCGCCUCUUGAAGAAGGUGCUGCAGCAGCGAAGGAAUGGAGGAGGACCAGGAGGGGGAGCAGGAGGAGCAGGGGAGGUGGCCCAGCUGGACGCGCAGAUCGCGCUUCACUACGGGGUCCCCUACGCCGCCUCGGUCAUGGGGUUUGAUCCAGUGCAGCGGCUCCUCGCCGUCGGGACGCUGGAUGGUAGGAUAAAAAUCUUUGGAGGUGAUAACAUCGAAGGCCUCCUCAUAUCGCCAAAGAGUGUGCCAUACAAGUAUUUGCAGUUUAUACAAAACCAGGGACUACUGGUUGCAGUUUCUAACGAGAAUGAAAUCCAGGUAUGGAAUCUCGAAUUCAGACAGCUAUUUCAUUUUUCCCAGUGGGAUGUCAACAUAACUGCAUUUGCAGUCAUAGAGGAGACCUUUUUUAUGUACCUUGGAGAUGAAAAUGGCCUGCUUUCUGUUCUGAAGUAUGAUGUAGAUGAUGGGAAGCUUCUAAAGAUGCCUUACAAUGUUACUAUACAUUCCUUAAGUGAAGCAGCUGGUGUUUCCUUGCUUGAUACUCAACCUAUCGUUGGAAUAUUGCCUCAACCGGACACCUUGGGCACGAGGGUGCUAAUUGCAUUUGAGAGAGGAUUGUUAGUUCUUUGGGACAUAUCGGAGGACCGUGCAAUUGCUGUUCGAGGCUAUGGGGACUUACACAUGAAAGGUCAAGUCAGUGGCGCUCAAACAGACGCUAGUGAACAUCAAGUAGAUGAUGUUGAUGAGACUGAAGAAGAGAGAGAAAUUUGCUCACUUUGUUGGGCAUCAAGAGGGGGUUCAACUGUUGCUGUUGGCUAUAUAACCGGAGACAUACUUCUAUGGGACAUGACAGUAUCCUCUAGACAAGGAAAGCAAACUGAUGUUUCAUCUAAUGUUGUCAAGCUGCAGCUGGCUUCUGGAAGUCGUAGGCUUCCUGUUAUUGUCUUGCACUGGUCUGCUGGGUCAGCAAAAGAUACUACUAAAGGCGGGCAUCUUUUUGUAUACGGUGGUGAUGAUAUGGGGUCUGAAGAAGUUCUGACGGUUCUUAGCCUGGAAUCAUCUAAUGGAUUAGAGUCAGUAAGAUGCGCGUCGCGUGGGGACCUCAAACUUGAUGGAUCCUUUGCUGAUAUGAUUCUUAUUCCAGAUACUGGGGUGCCAGAUAAAAUACGAGCUUCUGCACUUUUUGUAUUGACGAAUCCUGGACAAUUGAAUUUCUAUGAUGGUAGUGCUCUAUUUUCUGGACGGAAAUCAGAAGAGGUAUAUGCUCAGCCUGAGACUAGGAAAUUUCCAGUUGCAGUUCCGACAAUUGAUCCCAACAUAACUGUCACGGAUCUGUAUUCACUAACUGGAACAGGGCAUCCAAGUAUUUCACUGAAGAAAUUUUGUGCGAGGCAAAGUGUCGCACCUCCGAUAUCAGGGAAUAUGAAAUGGCCUUUGACUGGUGGGGUUCCUAGUGAAAUGUCACUGAAGGAAGAUCGUGCGAUUGAAAGAAUAUAUGUUGCAGGCUAUCAAGAUGGUUCUGUGAGAAUAUGGGAUGCAACUUUUCCCAUUCUUGUGCCAAUGUUUGUAUUGGAUGCAAAGGUGUCUGAUAUUAUUUUGGAUGGAGCAAAUGCUUCUGUAUCAUCGCUGGCGUUUUGUUCAUUAACCUUGACUUUCGCUGUUGGCACAACAAGUGGUCUGGUGCGCAUGUAUAAACUUCAUGAGCAUACUGGGGAUUCUAGCUUUCACUUCGUGAGUGAAUCUAAACAGGAAGUUCAUGCUGUUCAUCAUGGGAGAGGAUUCCAUUGUCAUGUUGCCUUUAUGGCAUCAAAUUCCCCUGUGCGAUCCCUCAGAUUUACAGGUUCAGGCGAGGUCCUUGCAGUAGGAUAUCAAAAUGGUCAGGUGGGCAUGUUUGAUGCAAGUCAACUCUCAAUGAUGUUCUGUGUGGAUUGUGCAUCAGGAACAAAUUCUCCUGUGGUCUCACUAAGCAUCUACGGUGUUGUUUCAUCUGCUGCAGAAGUGGACCAGUCCCAGAAAGAGAUUGCUAAAAGUGGAAAAAAUUCCACAGAUGUUCUACUUUCCUUAACUAAGGAUGCACGUCUUACUGUAAUUGACAGCACAAGCGGUCUGGUAAUAAAUUCACAUCUGUUAGAUCAGAAGCAAUUGUCUGCAGUUUCGAUGUAUGUCAUAGAUGUAGCUUCAGAUGAGGAGCAAACACAAUCAUCAGGAGACAAAUCCCCGCCUCAAAGUCAGACAGGAAAAGAACAAAAGGAUCUUGACCAGAAACAAGCACAAGGAACCGAAACUAACCAGAAAAAGGCUUCUCAACAUUCACACAGCGGUGAUUCAGAUUCUCUUCUUUUGGUCUGCUUUGAGGAUGAAGCGCUUUUAUUUUCUCUGACAUCAUUGAUUCAGGGAAGCAACAAGCAUCUACAUAAAAUAAAGCUUGCAAAACACUGCUGUUGGUCAGCCAUUUUCAAGAAUAAGGAUGAUAAAGCUUGUGGACUGAUAUUAGCUUAUCAGACAGGGAUCAUAGAAUUGAGAUCUUUGCCAGACCUAGAGAUUCUUGCUGAGAGCUCCUUGAUGCAUUUAUUAAGAUGGAGUUACAAGACAGGCAUGGAUAAGUCCAUGAGCUCCUUAAAUGGACAAAUUGCUAUGGUAAAUGGAUCUGAAUUCGCAAUCAUCUCUCUUAUAGCCUCAGAGAAUGACUUCAGGAUUCCAGAAUCUUUGCCAUGCCUUCACGAUAAAGUACUUGCAGCAGCCGCUGAAGCAGCUAGUAGCAUCUCGACAGACCAGAAAAGAAAGCAGAAUCCAGCAGGAGUUCUUGGUGGCAUCAUUAAAGGAUUCAAAGGCAAAGCAGACGAAAAUGCGAACUUGAGAAGAAGUUUCAAUGCACAAACCCACGGAGAACUGCUGGGGUCAAUUUUCUUGAAAGAGUCAUCUGCUGAAGCAUCAAUACCCAGUCCUGAUGAUCCAAUAGAAGAACUGACAAUUGAUGACAUAGACAUUGAUGAUGAUGAUGUACCCCUUUCCCCUCCACCAGCAUCAUCCUCUACAUCUCACGUGCAUAAGAAAACAACAGUAGAGGAUGAGAGAGCAAAACUGUUUGAAGGAUCAAGUGCUGCUGACAAACCGAGAAUGAGAAGUACCCAAGAAAUUCUUACCAAAUAUAAGUUUGGCGGGGAUGCAGCGGCGGCAGCUGCUCAUGCAAAAGACAAGCUCAUGCAGAGGCAGGAGAAACUCGAGAGAAUAAGCCUACGGACCCAGGAGCUUCAGGAUGGAGCGGAGAACUUCGCGUCCCUCGCCCAGGAGCUUGCGAAGAACAUGGAGAACAAGAAGUGGUGGAAACUAUAAGUGUGUGGUUUUGUAUUUGGCUGCAUCCGACACAAAAGUACGUCCAACUCUCGGUACUUGGGAUGCGCAUGCCUUGGUUGCUGAUUUUUUCUUUAAUUCCACCCAUUCUGUCCCCAGGCUGUGCUGUGUAUAUUAUGGUCAUGUGCAACACCAACUCGUCAAGGUGAUACUGUUUACCUUGCCACUAGGUAGACAACAUUGCUUGUCGGAUGCGUUAGCUUAGGUUUCUGUUGUAUACCACCUUGUAAUCAUACGUACCAAGGGUGAAAGUGUAGGCCGGUUGUGUGGUCAUUCUUUUGACUGUUAAGAUAAAUGAGACAAUAAGUUGAACUGCUAGCUUA